GAGAAUAAAGACAUAACCUUAAAUACAAUUUGUUGUAAUUUGUAAAGGUUGUUAUAAAAUGUAUAAAUAGUUUUUCUCGUUUUCAUUGACAAAAAUAAAUGUCAAAGGUUAAAAUUUAGUAAUCAAGGUUUAAUAUUAAUUAACUAAUUAAUUAAAGUACUAAUCAUGUCAGACGAGGAGGAUUAUAUGUCUGACAAAUUCUUGCAAGAGUGCCAAAAAUAUGUAGCACCAAGUUUAAUAUUUCGUCCGGAGGAUAAACGAGAAAUGGAACUAAUGAAAAAAAAAGCGGAAAUAGAAGCAAGAUUAAAGGAAAGAAAACCCGUGAAAGUGAUCGAAGAAGAGAAACGAGAAGAAGGACUUUCCUCCGCAAUAUCCAGUGACAAUAAAGGUUUCGAAAUGCUAAUGAAAAUGGGAUACAAUCCAGGAAAGGGUUUGGGAAAAACAGAGACUGGCAUAUCAGAACCAAUUGGAGUUGACGUAAAAAAUAAUAGACACGGCCUAGGCAAGGAAAAAGUGAUGAAAAUAAAAAAAAAUACAAAUCCAAUUGCGAAUUUAGAAAAAAUGAAUGCCGACGAAUUUCGUAAGCGAAUAGCCGAUAAAAAAGCUGAGCAAGUCGCCGCAAUGGAUUUGCGUAAGAGUCAAAAAAUUUGCGAACAACUUGAUAUUCGAUGUAAAAUUGAGAAAGCAGUGGAAAAUUGGUUUUGGUUUCCAAAAGAAAAGGAGGGCAAAGAAUUUGAGGAGAGCGAAAGUAGUGAGGAGGACGAUGACGACGAGACACUUCGAGAUAGUGAAAAAUUAGAAAUUCUCACCAAAUAUUUACGUGGAAAAUAUUUUUAUUGCAUUUGGUGUGGCGUUGCCUAUGAUAAUGAGGACGAUUUGAGGGAAACUUGUCCCGGAAAUACGAGGAGUGAUCACUAAUUAUUUCCACAUAAAAAAAUAUUUAUCAAAUUUUCCCCUAUUUUUCUAUUUCUUUUUCAUAACUAGUUUUUUUACAAGAUUAAGUUCUUGUUCUUUAAAGAAUACUUUUUUUUCUUUAACAAGAAAUUUUCUAUG